AGCUGGGAGGAGAGUUGAAUUAAUGAAUUAAAAAUGUCGUGAAACAGCGGCUGUCUGAAUACUUUUUGGGUUUAUAUAGAGAGGCGUGCAGGGGGGUCCUGGAGGAGUGGACUUCUUUAACUUCUCUCUGUCCGGACACACAGGGCUCCCUCUCAGCUUCACAAGCACGGAGAAGUGCAAACUGUGUUCAUCUGAUUACAUAAUGACCCAGUAACAGUGAGCCAGAACCGGUACUGCCAGUACCAGUGUGCCGGGAGACACUGACUGACCGCUGGUCAAUCCUCACCAAGGCCUCUUUUUUUUCUGAUUUAAUGCUAUUUCCUAAGAGUUUUUUUUCUUUUUAUAAAUAUAGGAUGGCAACGACGUAGAGGGAGACUGCAAAAGAAAACAAACAAUGUGAUGUCAAAGUCAGAGAUUGUAUGCUCUCUGUCUUCUUCACAUGUCUGCUGGACAGUUAAAUUAAUUAAAUCUUCAAGUUUCAAAGCUGAGGUCCGAGUGAACUUCUGUUACAAGACAACAGAAAGUGCCCGCCAUGACCUCAGCCACUCCACCCUCCUCUGAAGGCUCCUCCCCUCAGAAAGUAUGCCACUCCCAGACGCAGACUGACAUCACCAAGCCCCUGCUGGGCUCCCCAGCGGGGAGUGGAGGUGCUGGUGCAGGUGGAGGAGGAGCACUAGCUGGAGGGCCCAAUGCUCUGCGUAGGAGGCGCCGUGUCCUCUCCAAAGACGGGCGAAGCAAUGUGCGCAUUGAGCACAUAAGCGGACGAGGGGCGCUCUACCUCCGCGACCUCUGGACCACUUUCCUGGACAUGCAAUGGCGCUACAAGUUCUUCCUCUUCUCUGCCACCUUUGCUGGGACCUGGUUUGUGUUCGGAGUGUUUUGGUACCUGGUGGCAUUGGUGCAUGGAGAUCUACUGGAGUUUGACCCCCCCUCCAACCAUACUCCAUGUGUAAUGGAGGUGAAGACCCUGACGGGAGCCUUCCUCUUCUCUCUGGAGUCUCAGACCACAAUUGGCUAUGGUUUCCGGUGCAUCACCGAGGAGUGCCCUGCCGCCAUUAUCCUGCUCAUCUUUCAGCUGGUCAUCACCAUGGUGAUGGAGAUUUUCAUCACCGGCACUUUUCUUGCGAAGGUCGCUCGUCCCAAGAAGAGAGGCGAGACAGUGAAGUUUAGUCAACACGCUGUUGUGGCAAAUCAUGAGGGCCGGCCCUGCCUCAUGAUCCGAGUGGCCAACAUGCGCAAAAGCCUGCUGUUAGGAUGCCAGGUGACGGGGAAGUUGCUUCAGACGUCCCUGACAAAGGAGGGCGAGACUGUGAGGCUGGACCAGCGAAAUGUGCCUUUCCAGGUGGACACGUCGAGCGACAGUCCCUUCCUCAUCAUCCCCCUGACUUUCUACCACAUCAUUGACGACAACAGCCCCCUCAGGGCCUGGGCAGUAAAAGGUGGUGGUUGGACAGACCCAGAGCUGGCUGACUUUGAGCUGCUGGUGAUAAUGAGCGCCACGGUUGAGCCGACCUCUGCUACCUGUCAGGUUCGAACAUCCUACCUUCCGGACGAGAUCCUCUGGGGCUACGAGUUUCCCCCCGUCGUCUCCCUGUCUCCCUCAGGGAAAUAUGUGGCCGAUUUUGCCUUCUUCGACAAAGUGGCCAAAACCAAAACCCCGCCGCUCUUCAAGCAGGCCCUGCCACCGAGCCCGCCAAUCCAGGCAUCCCGUCACCACGGCGGCAAGGAGGCCGGGACGGACCCAGAGAAGAUGCGACUGGAGGAGAACUACAGGGGGGAACAGAAGGGGCGAGACAGGGGGCGCAUCAGAGAUAGCAGUCCACAUAGUGUGCGUAUUAGUAAUGUGUGAGGGAAGAGAGAGACAAGAAGUGGUAACGGAAAGUUGAUUUGAAACUGAGAUCACAUUGUCUGUUAAAAACAUCUCCUCCACAAAACCCUCCACCUACGCAUAUGAGACAAAAGUAAACACCUUGAACCACAAGUCUGAAGAUAUCUGUGUCUGCAACCACCUUCAAAGGAAGCAAGUUACAAACCCAACAUGUACAAAUGUACAGAACAAUAUCAAGUCAUCCAUAGAGACAUUUACUACUCUUAUAUUCAUUUUUCUUUUUUUUUUGGAAAGGACUUGAUUUACUGUAACUGGAGGAUGCUUUAAACACUGCAAAAUCCUUCAUCUUAUCAAGUCAUUUCUGUUGAUAAUUUAGCACCGGGCAUAACUUUGGGUUCAACACUGCCAACAUUGGGUUGAGAAAUUUUUAGUGACUUCAUUUUCUGCAUUCUGGUGAAUUUUUCUGCAACAAUUUGUGCCUUUUCUGCAUCAAUUUAUGGUGCAAAUGCCUUCAUUUAUAUAAAGAAAAUUAUAAUAGGUUUUAGGGGUGAGUUGCACUGGCCAGUUUUGAUUAUUGGGGGGGUUGUAACUCUCCCACCCCCCCUGUAAAUUACGCCUAUGAGUACCAGGGUUGUAGAAUUUUAUUUUAUUUGAUUCCAAUAGAAAUCAACUUAUUUCAAGAAUAUUCUAGAAAUGAGUAUCUCUUCCUUGGACCAAGAAGGAAUAGAUCAUUUCCCAGUUGUAAGCAUA